UUCAGCUUACGUAAAAGUCUUUCUUUAGGAGGUCAAAUUACGCCAGAUGGGUCCAUUCACAGAAAAAAUGAGUCCACCGGUGUCAGGAAAUGUGUAUUCGUCAAACUUCAUUCUGUCUCGUAGUUAAUGAAUGAAUUAUAGGUAAAUGAUUCAACGUAAAUUAACACUGACGUCAGGAGACAAAAGUGAAUCACAGCGAGCAGGUGUGUUCUACUGACAGUUGCUUUGCAAAGCCCUAAACAAAUUUGUUUUUGGAACUUGAAAAUAAACUGUGCAAUUUAAGCUUUUUACGGACGCGACGCAACACUUAGGUUGCUAAUAAUGCAUAGAGGUAAACUGGUUAGAAAAAAGUUUAGAGCUUGCCAAAGUUUACAAUGUGCUCCAAUCCGGCUGAACGUUUCAAUUUAGUAACCGUAUAUCCAACGAAUGCAUCGCAUAAGCCUGUAUGGGGCUACGCUAGUUAGUGAGGCAAAGCGAUAACCAUUUAUUCUGAGUUCAAACAAGGAAAAGCAGACUCGAAAUUUGACCUAGUCGGCUUUAUGCCACUUUUACUAGCUCGUAGAAUCUGGAUCUUGAGCCCAGUCUCAGAAGCUUCGCUUCUGCGUGGACCGCCGGACAAUGCGGUUAUACUUUUCCACUUCCCACCGGGUAAUGCGGCAGCAUUACGCCUAUGGACUCUAAUCGCCAUACCCUUAUCGUUUAUUACCCACAGAAAAUAUGAUCACCGUACUCCCCGACGUUAUAUGUAGCCUAUGGCCGUAUAUUACCCUGCCGAUUCGUGUACGACCGUAUGCGGCGCAUGUGGGCAAUGAUCUUUAUGGCCUAUACUGGCAGCCCAACAUAUCGCGUGAAGCACCGUGCUUCUCACACGCGACUGAUUUGGUGAAUGAAUGCGGCGGUGAUGAUGGCGGAGAAGGAGGAGACGUACAAUUCUUCUUCCGCAUUUUCCUGGAGUCCGACCCUGUCCUGAUUACACCGUGUGCUCUCUUCGCACGUUUCUGUGCACCCCCUCCCUUGGUAGAACGAAAAAAUAAAGUCAAUUAUACAACAGCCCUCUCUAUCCCCCGCCUCCCACUCUUUCUCCGACCACAACAUCCUAUAUCAGCUCCUCCACAUGCAUUGCGGUCCCGGGCGCCGGCGAACCGGUUCCAGCCAUGUCGGCGGGGGAUGCAGCGCCCGGCGGCGGUGACGGAGCGGAAGGAGAACGGACAGGGGAGGUGCUGGGUGAAGACAGCUCCAGCCUCUCUGUCUCUCUCUCUGGCCUGAUGAGCCCCUCCCCCAGAGGCCCCCCCGCGCCCGCCAAUGAGCAGCACAGGAAGCGCAAGGGCAGCACGGACAACCAGGAAGCUGUGGAUGAUGUAAACAUGGAUGAUGAGCAGGACAGAUCUGAUGGAGAUGAACAGCUAGCUAAAAUGAAAUGUUUCAGAGAGCCCCACAGCCAAAUUGAGAAGCGGAGGCGGGACAAGAUGAAUAACCUGAUCGAUGAGCUGUCGGCCAUGAUCCCCACCUGCCACUCGAUGUCCCGCAAGCUGGACAAGCUGACUGUGCUCCGCAUGGCUGUGCAGCAUCUCAAAUCUCUCAGAGGGGCCUCCAGCUCUUUUUCUGAAGCCAACUACAAGCCUUCGUUCCUGCCCGACGACGAGCUCAGACACCUCAUCCUCAGGGCCGCUGAUGGCUUCCUGUUUGUUGUGGGCUGUGAUCGUGGGAAAAUCCUCUUCGUGUCCGAAUCAGUAUCCAAGAUACUCAACUACAAUCGGACGGACCUGAUUGGACAGAGUCUGUUUGACUACGUCCACCCGAAGGACAUCGGCAAGGUGAAAGAGCAGCUGUCUUCCUCUGAGCUCUAUCCACGCGAACGCCUCAUAGAUGCCAAAACUGGCCUGCAGGUCCAGGCUGAGCUCCCUGUGGGGUCCGCUCGCCUGUGCUCCGGGGCCCGCAGGUCCUUCUUCUGCCGGAUGAAGUACAACCGGGUGGUGGUGAAGCUGGAGGACAAGGAGCCGCAGCCCAGCACCUCCAAGAGGAAAGAGUUGCAGAGGUACUGCGCGGUCCACUGCACGGGCUACCUGCGCAGUUGGCCCGCCAGCCAGCAGGGGGCGGAAGAGGGCGAGGGCGACACCGAGCCUGAGAAGGAGGGCUUCCACUUCAGCUGCCUGGUGGCCAUCGGGCGGGUUCACCCCCUGACCGCACCUCCCCUGACCGCGCCCCCCCUCACCACGCCCCAGCCCAACGGGGAGGUGCAGGUCAAGCCCACCGAGUUCGUCACACGGUACGCCAUGGAUGGGAAGUUCACCUUCGUGGAUCAGAGAGCCACCACCGUUCUGGGGUUCUUGCCUCAGGAGCUCCUGGGAACGUCCUGCUACGAGUACUUCCACCAGGACGACCUCCCGCACCUGGCUGAGCGACACAGAAAAGUUCUACGAAGCAAAGAGAAGAUUGAAACGAACCACUACAAGUUCAAAACAAAAUACGGCUCUUUUGUCACUCUGCAGAGUCAGUGGUUUAGUUUUAUAAAUCCAUGGACCAAAGAAGUAGAAUAUAUAGUAUCAACCAACACGGUCAUAUCCCGCACAGCGGCAUCCGGAGACAAGCUGGAGCAGCCGGGCGAGGCCAAGGCUUCAGAGGAAGAUGCUAAGAAGGCCUUUUCUAUCAUUCCGGGAAUCCCCAGCAGCUGUGGCACCAUGAUUUACGCAGGGAGCAUCGGCACCCAAAUCGCUAACGAGAUGCUGGACUUCAACAGGCUGAACUCCUCUCCGUCGAGUGGCACUGUCAGCCCCUUCAGUCUGGCCCAGGACAAGUCCCCGCUCACGCUCGCUCUGACCAGUAACACCGCCAAUGUGCUAAACGGAGAGGUAACGGACCCCGAGCAUGCUGGGAAGUCGGGAUCGGAAGGAGAAGGUCCUUUAGCAUCGUGUUCCAGCAGCGACGUGAUGAUGGCAGGUGCGAGCGCCCACCUGGACCUGGACACGGUGGUCGGGCCGGGCCUCGGUAGCCUUAGCAACGACGAGGCGGCCAUGGCGGUGAUCAUGAGCCUGCUGGAGACCGACACCAACCUGGGCGAGGCGGUGGACUUCGACGAGAUGCACUGGUCUCUGUAGAAACAACACAAUGCUUUCUCCUCUGCUUUUUAUACUGCUCUUUCUUCACUCUUUUCUUUUUUUUGAAGCCGUCUCCGUUGGCUCGCUGAAGAGCGACUGCGUUUCCGCGCCCUUUUCUAGGGGCGGGAGCGCCGUUUCAGGGCCGCUUGCGCGAGGUUAGCGAGAAGGCCAGCCUGAGGACUGGAGACUCGCCCGCAGCGCCGGAGGAAAGAAGAGAAACCGGUUCAGACCGCUGUACCUCUCCUCCCCUCUCCCCGCUCUAAGAAACAGGCUGCGCCUCGCUGGUAAAAACCCUUCUGAGGUGGAACUGGGUGGGAUUUUACCUCUUUCUCUGAGCCGAGUGAGGUCACUUCCUUCUAAAUGCAGUGCCCACCAACUGACUGAGUCUCUGCUGGCUCAGGAGGGCCUUUUUGUUUUUUUUUGUUUGUUUUUUCGCCUUGAUGGAUCUACACUUGAACUGAGGACGGUUGCGACUGACGUGCGUGCUCACUGAUGCUUACAUGCGUGUUCUGUCGGUCACGCGUGUGUUUGCCAUUGAGCUGGAGGGGAAAUGGGAAAUGUCACAUGACUCUCUGGGCUCGGUGUCUGUCACUGAGGCUGGAGGGGAAGUGUCACAUGACCCCGUGGGCUCGUUGUCUGUCACUGAGGCUGGAGGGGAAAUGUCACAUGACCCUGUGGGCUCGUUGUCUGUCACUGAGGCUGGAGGGGAGAUGUCACAUGACCCUCUGGGCUCGGUGUCUGUCACUGAGGCUGGAGGGGAGAUGUCACAUGACCCUCUGGGCUCGGUGUCUGUCACUGAGGCUGGAGGGGAAAUGUCACAUGACCCCGUGGGCUCGGUGUCUGUCACUGAGGCGUCGGGGGGCGGUCGAAGUGCCGGUCAGCCGCGGUGCUUUUCCCCCUGGACGUUUGGCGGAAGCGCGGCGGUUUGGGAGGGGCCGUGCAGUGACUUGGGCACAGAGGCCUCGCCCCGCCCCAGACCCAGCCCCCGCCCCCGCCCCGCCUCUCACCCAGUUCGGUAAGCGCUCUUAAUACUGACAGCAGGCUUACCGCCAGAAGCGCACAGGUUCAACAUGUUUCAUGGAAGGAAAAGAAAGAAAGAAAAAAAAUCACUGAAUUUAAGAACAAGAGCCAUGUGACUGAUUAGUUUAGUGAAUUUGUCUUUAUGACCCAGACGUGAGAGAGGAGAAGGAACCGCAAAUCCACCAAAUUCAGUCCUGCACAACAUUUCUACAGACAGCAUACGUCUCACUGCUGUUAUUUAUUGCUGGUUUCAGUCAUCGCUCACCUCUUGCUAUGGCCUUCUGGAAAAGUCAACUGUUUGGGGAAAAAUCCCGGAACCCAGAUGUUAUGGAGUCAUAGUCCUUUACUCUAUUUGUGGGGGG